UGUCAAACUACACGCUUAGCGGCCAUCUUUAAUAUCGAAAUCUGUCGGUAUUGUUGAUUGUAUAUUAAGCAAAUUUUCAGACUUUCUGGUGAAUAUUUGACAUCCAAAUUCAUUAUUUUGUUGAUUUAAUAACUAUAUAAUUCAAAAUGUAUCCCUAAACACAUCAACAUUACAGUGUAUGUGACAAUUCUGUGUCCCAUUGAACUUCUUUUUUUACUAAGCGAUUUUUCGGCAUAACUCCGUAAGAAGCCUUCAUUGAAGCUUUAAUAAGCGUUAAUAAUGUCUAACGUGAGCUAUGAUCUUGAUACGUCAGGCGGUCUUAUGCCGCUUAUAAAGGCGUUGAUUAAGCCACCGGACGAGGAGGCGAACAACCAGAAGAGCAAGAAAUCCCAGCAUCCUUAUUACAAGAGGCCUGGCAAAGGUCAUAACCGCGAUUCCUGUGACGCGUGCGGCGAAGGCGGGGACCUUAUCUGCUGCGACCGCUGUCCGGCUAGUUUCCAUCUUGGUUGCUAUGACCCACCGCUGGACGAGAAUGACAUCCCAGCUGGGCUGUGGCUGUGUCGUGAGUGCAAGGGCUCGGACGAGCAGCCCCCGUCCUCGCGCAGCAGCCGCGCCGUGUCCCCGGCCGACAGCAAGGACUCCGACAAGAAGACCAGGUCCCUUCGCAACCGUUCAAACUCCACCAAGAAGACUGAAGAAGAUGAGAAAGACAAGGACAAGGAUAGCAAGGAGAAAGAGAAGGAAGUCAAGGAGCUGACCCCUAUGGAGAUCCUCGUGAAGGCAGCCAAAGUGAUGAACCCGCGCCAGUUCGAGCUGCCCAGGGAGAUGCGGGUGCCUUGUCCCUUCCCUGGGACUGAAAAAGAAAACGGCAAUGGCAACGGCAAGAACGGCAACGGCCUAGUGACGGUGGACGCCUGGGGUUGCGUGCCUCUACCGGCUAAAUCCUGCUUCGUGUGCCGCGGCACUUGCAAGACGGCUCCGCUGUUGGCUUGCGACUACUGCCCGCUGCUGUUCCAUCAGGAUUGCCUGGACCCGCCGCUGACGGCGUUGCCGACCGGCCGUUGGAUGUGCCCCAAUCAUGUCGAGCAAUAUAUCGAUUGGAAGCUGGUGAACUCGGUGUCGGCGUCGGAGCGCGUGGCGCUGUGGGAGCGGUUCUCGGCGCCGCCGGACCAGCAAGCCAUCAAGAUUGACUUCAUCCGCCGGGCGAGAGCUCAUAGACCACCCUUCAGGGUAAAGGUGCCAGUAGGCGUCCGCGGGCGUGUUGUGGUACCAGGUAUGGUUCGCCAACACUACGCGGACCCACCGCCACUGCAGCCCAGCCGUCGCGAAUAUGUACGCUGCAGGAAUGUACUUAAAAACUUACAAGCGACCAGCGACUAUGAAGCUUCAGAUGAAGAUGAGGAUGCUCCUAAACACACCAUCUGCCUCAACUUAUCGUGUACAAAGCACAACGGGGAACCCCAACCGCGGCCCGCGGACCUCAAGGGGGCCAGUGAGGAGGACGCCGCUGAUGAUCUCAAGGCCAUCACACAGCCUAAGGAGGAAAUCGCCUCAACGGAAAGCGACCACUCCGACUCGGACAUAGAAUACGAAUCUCCCGUGAAACGGCGCCGCGAGACACCCAGCGGGGCGGACGCGCUGCGGGCCGCAGUUGACGACCAGCUCAAGAAGCUAGACCAGAGCCUGAUCAAGUUGUUGGCGUGGCAGAGGCUACAGCAGAUCCUAGUGGGCGAGCAGUGCCACGGCCCCUGGUCCCGCCUGCCGCUGUCCGCGGAGGCGGAGGCGCUCGUGCAGGCCGCGGUGCCGCGCGCGCGGCUGGCGCGGCACGGCUUCCGGCACGUGGCGCUCCCCUCCGAGCUGCUGUCCCGAGCGGAGCGCGAGCGCAUCGCCCGAGCCGUGUGGGGCGCCGUGCCGCCGCCGCCCCGGGUGCCCAAGGUCGAGGGGCCGCCCGAGGCGGUGCUGAAGGCCGCCGCCUGCCCUGUACUUAGACCUAGCAGGUCUGGGCUAGGAGAUGGUCUAGGCCGGCCAAUCCCCAUGCGGCUAUCUCGAUUGACCUUCGGCGCUGACUCCAGCUGCGAUGUAGUACUCGACCCUACUCAGUGUCGCUACGUGUCGCGUCUACACGCCACAAUAUUCUAUGACGAGGUGACCCGUCACUUCGAACUAAUCAACUACUCAGAAUGGGGCUCCCGAGUAGACGGAGUGUUAUACGCCAUGGAUGUGUCCGAGCGAGAGGCGCCAGUGGUGGACGACGAAGGCGAAGCCCGAGCUAAGGCCGUUAGGGACGUCGUGAGACAUAGGAUGCAGUCAGGGACGGCCAGGUAAAGUGUGUG